AUGGCACCCCUGAUCGAACUCGACGCCACAGUGGCAGACCUGUACCGUACCCACGGCCUCACAGGGCCCUUCAUCACGUCUACUCACUGCUCGUUCGCCCACCUUGAUCUCCAUCCCUUCUGGCCUCGAGAGACAGUUUUCCCGGAAGACGAGGAACCCAUCCCAUACAGCGCUGACGAACAGGAAAGGAACCGCAUCAGGAAGAUCAUUCUAGGGCUUAAGCCACUAAGACGAGCCCUCAUUCUCGGAGACAUGGACGUCAUAUUCCUCAGCCCGUGCGCGGCGAAAGAAAACGUCGACCGCGUAUUCAAUCAGUUGGUUCCCGAGCAGCGGCCGCGAGCGCGGUAUAUCAACCUCGAAGAAGGGGACGUCGACCAACAGCUCCAGCAGUUAAGCCAGGGCCGAAAGUUGAUCUACUGGCGUCCUCAAGGCUGGAUGCUGGAGCAUGAGUGCCUCGUGCCUCCCCGCGUGGCGUACGAAAUCAACUCGAAACUCUUCCUCGUGAACUCGGGAAUCCGCACGCCGGCCUCAGAACCAGUCGAACUUGCCCCGAACGUGUCCGACUCCGUCCUCGGCACUCGCAAGCCCCCCUUUGUGGUCAAGCUAUUCCUCGCGGGCUGUGGCUUCGGCACUCACCUGGUUACCAGCGAGGCGCGCCGCCAAACCAUGCUCGCAGCCAUGGCCGAGUACCAAUCCCGCGGCGGCACCCACGUCCUGCUGUCCGAGUACAUCGGCGCCAAGCAAAGCGACCUGAGCACGCACUUCAUCAUCGGCGCCCCUUCGGACGCGCACAACAGAAACAACCCGCUCAUCAUGGGAGUCGCGAUGCAGAGCCUCACCAACGACGGGCACUGGAUGGGCAGCAGCAUCGACUACGGCGCGCAGGAGGAGAUGCGCGACCUCCUACGCGACACGAUUCGGGACACGACGCAACGCCUGCCCGAGUGCUUCGUUGGUUGGUGCGGCGUUGACGUCCUCAUCGACGAACAGAACGGUCAGUGGGUUGUCGACUUGAACGCCCGGUUCACGGGAUCCAUGGCGCUGUGUCUGCUUUCCUCGCACUUCUACAAGCGGCUUGGCUUUCGAUUCGCCGAGGCUGGCUCCUUCCAGUACCGCGGCGAAUGCGGCGACGUGAGUGAGAUUCUGUCGCGCGAUAUCGAGUCCGGCAAGGUUGUUGUGAACGCAGUGGCGAGCAUCGACGACGGGGUGAACAUGGUGGAUCUUAUAUGGGGAGGGCACAGCCGGCAGGACUUGGCUUUGACCGCUGGUCUUCUGAGGGCGGAGCUUUCGCGUGAGCGCGGGUCGGUCGAAGAGGCGUAA